AUGACGUCCACCCUGUCAUAUUAUAUUCAUCCAUACGCGCAGCAGAUUGCCCUCCAUGCGCUCCAGCGGAUUAACGGUGCGCGUCUCAAGUUUAUUCUCCAAUACAAAGAACCUCCAGAGGAGAUCCAGGUUGGAGAGACCGGAUCCGAGAAGUCCGACUCGGCUGUGGAGCUGCGCGUUCGAAGUCCCAAUGUGUGGAUGAGAAUUUGUUCAUGCUUCGAUCUUGGCUUUGCAGAGGCCUAUAUGUUCCAAGAAGUCGACUGUGAUGACCUCGGUCGAAUAUUUGACAUCUACAUCAAGAACAAAAACCGUCUUGGAUCAGGGAAUCUGCUGCUCCAGCUUCUCCCUCGAGUUGCGUGGCUUCUCCAACCCACCAACAGCAUCCAGGAAGCCCGGCAAAACAUUUCCUCCCACUACGACACCUCCAACGAGCUCUUCAGCGCCUUCCUCUCACCAGAUUUGAAUUACUCCUGCGCACAUUGGUCUGGCGAUCCCGCGGAACCGCUCGAGUCCGCACAGGCCCGCAAAGUCCAGAACCUCCUAUCAAAGGCGCAGCUUUCAUCAUCACACCACGUUCUAGACAUCGGCUGCGGAUGGGGCGAUCUGGGCAUCAAGGCGGCGCAGAUCUAUGGGUGUCGCGUAACGGGCCUAACCCUAUCGGAGAGACAGAAGAGUCUCGCAGAUCAGAGGAUCAAGGCGGCCGGGCUGCAGGAUCGCGUACGCAUCCUGCUUUGUGACUACCGGAAAGCAUCUGCGCCAGGUCCAGGUGCAGAUUCAGAUAACGGUGGGUUCUAUGACCGCGUCAUCUCGGUGGGAAUGUUCGAGCACGUUGGGCCGGAAUAUCUGGAUGAGUACUUCAAGACUAUUUCCGAGCUCCUGCACCCCACCCAUGGAGUGAUGGUGAUUGAUGGGAUUACCAUGACAAACAAGCUGCGCGAGACGAAAUCCAAAGUCCCGACAUUCAUUGGCCGAUACGUCUUCCCAGGCGGUUACCUGCCAACUAUCCACAUGCUCUUCGACUCGCUUCACCGGGGCUCAGAGGGGAGUCUGGAGGUUACCUCUGCCCUGAACAUCGGACCCCAUUACGGCAAGACGCUCCUGGCCUGGCAGGACAAUUUCCUGCACAACUGGGGUAGGAUCGAAUCGGACUACCGGGCCGCACGCCCGGGGGUGUCGGAUGCCGAAGUCGAGGCGUUUCGCCGGCAGUGGUUGUAUUAUUUUCGGUACUGCGAGGCGGCGUUUCGCACGAGGUUACUGGGGAAUUACAUCAUUGUUGCAGCGAGGACGCCGGAGCAGAUGGUUGAGGUGGAUGUGGGUGCUGGUUCUGCAGAUGGGAUGUUUGAGAACUAA